AUGCGCUCUCAAUUUCAAAGCUCCCGUUGGCUUUGCCUGCCGACGAUGUGCCCAGCUUGCCGAAGGAAACCUCGAGUGUUUUCCACAACGUCGCUUCCGACAUACAGAGCCCCAAACUGGCGCGUUGCUUUACCUAGUGCCUGGAUUGUUCAACGGCGACAUAUUACACAGCAACAUUUGCGCCGAAUUGCAGCGGCCAAAGAACAAUGGGAUAUGUGGGCGAAGCAGAUCGAGGCUGGCGAAAGGCAGAGCUUUCUGUCGCUGUUGGAAGAUCGAGGUCUAAUAAACUCGGUUGUUGGUGACCGAGAUGUUUUGGAAAAGCUAAUAACGAAAAAGCGGGUUGGUUUUUAUGCUGGUGUAGACCCUACUGCGCCAUCGUUGCAUAUUGGCCAUAUGCUCCCAUUUAUGAUUCUGGGAUGGGCAUACGUUCAUGGAAUGAAGGCAGUUUGGCUUCUCGGUGCAACAACAUCAAAAAUCGGCGACCCGACAGGUCGGGUGGAAGCCAGGCGAUUAAUGAAAAGUGCCCUUCGGAAGGCAAAUAUAGCCAAUAUUCAUCUCCAGCUUAAAAAGCUUGGGGCAUCAUUUGAAAAAUAUGGCGCGAAGUACGGCUACCAAUAUGAAUGGGCAUGGCGCCGAGUUCUCGCAAAUAACAGCACCUGGUGGAAUAAAUCUUCAUUUGGAGAUGUUAUAACAGAACUUGGCUCGAACGUAAGGCUGGGACCUAUGCUCGGACGGGAUAACGUCAAGUCUCGAUUGGAAUCAGGCCAUGGCAUGUCAUUGGCCGAGUUCUGCUACCCAAUAAUGCAAGCUUGGGAUUUCUUGUAUCUAUUCAAACACGAUGUUCAAAUUCAGGUUGGAGGAUCCGACCAGUACGGAAAUAUUCUAUUUGGAAUAGAUGCUAUCAAAGGAGCAUUGAAGCACGAUCCAAAAUUUGGACCAAAGCUGUGUGAUGAUCCCGACAUGGAGUCUCCCAUAGGUAUCACGACCCCGCUACUUACAACUCCAUCGGGUGAGAAAAUCGGGAAGUCGAUGGGGAAUGCAACUUGGCUUGAUAAAGACAUGACUUCUUGUUUUGAUUUAUAUCAGCACUUUGUUCGAACCCCUGAUGAGACUGUUGAGAAAAUGCUGAAGAUGUUCACAUUUAUUCCAAUUGAUGAGAUUAAAAGCAUUAUGAGGCAGCAUAAUAUGGAUGUCACGAAGCGGGUAGCACAACACAAACUUGCAAUGGAAUUUGUCGAACUUAUUCAUGGACACCCUGAAGCCAUUGCAGCUGCGAAACAGCAUCAUAUGGUCUUUGCAUCCGCCUCCUCGACAGAUACCUCGGGCCCGGAAUCUGAAUCUGCGUCUGGAGAAGAUGAAAAUUACAAGCCCGGGCCGCAUAGAAUGUUUCAAAUGCCGUCACCACACCUGACCCUCCCACGAUCCCUCAUUGUAAACCAAUUUUUCCAUAAAGUGUUGUGGUCUGCAGGCAUGGUUGCUUCUAAAGCGGAGGGUUUUAGGCUGAUCGCAAGCAAAGGAGUUCAUGUCGGUAGUAUGGCUGACGCAAAACAAACUAUGGGAGAUUUCAUUUCCUACACUCCGAUAUUGACUUGGCCCACUGGAAUUACCGAGAAAUUCAUCAUUGAUAACUCUUUGAUGAUCUUGAGAAUCGGUAAGUGGAAUAUUAAAAUAAUCAAAAUAGUUCCAGAUGAAGAAUAUGAGAAGAUGGGCCUGGAUGCACCGGGCUGGAAAGACAAUGAGACAAGGGAGGAGCGCCAAGAAGAUAAUAAAAUGUAUAAAGCGCGUCAGAAAAUAAAGGGUCGCAGAGUCAAGCUGCCGCCAAUUGCUCAGGCUCCUGAAGUCGAAAUUCGGUCAUGGAAGCCUGGGCAAGAAGAGCCAGUGCUGAGUGGAAACAAAGAAGGUGACGCUGGACAGCACUCGUGA